AUGCAGGAGACCGUUCUGGUGUUUGGUGCCUCUGGCAACAUUGGUGUGUCUGCCAUUAUUGCCGCCUUGCGUUCCAACCGCCAGGUCAUUGCUGUCGUCCGCGACAAGGCCAACGCAGAGAAGAUCUACAAAUACGCAGGCACCAGUGACGGAAUCACGAUUGCGCAGGCUGAUCCCACGUCGGAGGACUCUCUUCAACACCUUGUCGAUCAAGUCCGUGCCGGAAAGCUACCCAGCUUCCAGCAUGUAUGGGCGUCGUCUGGAGGCAUCUACUGGGACACGCCAAUUCUCGAACUUGAGGCCGCUGCGUUACGCGAAGUUUUGAAAGUCAAUUUUGAAGCAUAUGUCUACGCAUACCGCGCCACCAUCCCGUAUCUCCUCGAACAGGGCUUUGAAAACAGCACCUGGACUGUUUGUACCGGCUCUCAGGGCGAUCUCGGGGAGCGUGUGGCCCCAGCCGUGACGCAAGGUGCUCUAUUCAGCUUCGCAAUUGCCGCCGCCCGCCAGACUGAGAAUACAAAUGUCCGCUUCAACGAGGUCUACCUUGCCUAUCGCGUCCAGGUCGAAGUCGAAGGGGGUUACCAGAACUGGAAUGGCUUUCAUAUCACAACCUCCGAAAGCUUCUCGCCAUUAUACGAGAAGCUUUUGGGCCGGACUGACAUCAAGGGCAACCGGGUUAAUGCCAAGAGCCCAGAGGAUGUCGUCAACUUGUCUACAGUGAGACUAUUUUGA